GGCUUGACUGGCAGCAAGACACCCUGUAUAAGCCUGGGCCCCCCCUAGUUUGGGGGACAUGGCAUCAGGCAUUGGAUCUCCAUCCCCGUGCUCGGGGGGCAGUGAUGAUGAUGACAUGGAAAUCCUGCUGAACAACACUAUCCCCCAGCAUCAAGAACCUGAAGAAGAACCAGAAGAAGAGCUUUUGUCAGAGGCUGAAACGCCCAAGAUAAAGAAGAAAAAGAAACCCAAGAAACUAAAGGAACCCAAAGUGCCCAAGCUCAGCAAGCGCCAGAAGAAGGAGCUGGGGGACAGCUCUGGUGAGGGGAAUGAGUUUGUGGAAGAAGAGGAGGAGGUGCUGCGCUCUGACAGUGAGGGCAGUGACUAUACUCCUGGGAAGAAGAAGAAGAAGAAAUUAGGGCCUAAGAAAGAAAAGAAAAACAAAGCCAAGCGCAAAGAGGAGGAAGAGGAGGAGGAAGAGGAUGAUGACUCUAAGGAGCCCAAGUCAUCUGCUCAACUCCUGGAGGACUGGGGUAUGGAGGAUAUUGAUCACAUCUUCACAGAGGAAGAUUAUCGUACUCUCACCAACUACAAAGCUUUCAGCCAGUUUGUCAGGCCACUUAUUGCAGCCAAGAACCCCAAAAUAGCGGUGUCGAAGAUGAUGAUGGUCUUGGGAGCCAAAUGGAGGGAGUUCAGCACAAACAACCCCUUCAAGGGCAGUUCAGGUGCAUCCGUGGCCGCGGCAGCGGCGGCCGCUGUUGCGGUAGUGGAGAGUAUGGUGACCAAUGUGGAUGCUGUCCUGCCGCAGCCGCCCGUGGAUGUGCCGCUCAGGAAGGCCAAGACCAAGGAGGGCAAAGGACCCAACGCCCGGCGGAAGCCGAAGGCUAGUCCUCGUAUUCCCGACAUGAAGAAACCUAAAACAAAGAAGGUGGCGCCUUUGAAAAUCAAACUGGGAGGCUUCGGUUCCAAGCGGAAAAGAUCAUCGAGUGAAGAUGAUGAUCUAGAUGUGGAGUCAGACUUUGAUGAUGCCAGCAUCAAUAGCUACUCUGUUUCCGAUGGAUCUACAAGCCGUAGUAGUCGCAGUCGCAAAAAACUCAAAGCUGGGAAAAAGAAAAAGAAAGGGGAGGAUGACUCUGCAGUGGCUGUGGACGGCUAUGAGACUGAUCACCAGGACUACUGUGAGGUUUGCCAGCAAGGAGGAGAGAUUAUAUUGUGUGACACGUGCCCUCGUGCAUACCACAUGGUUUGCCUGGACCCAGACAUGGAGAAAGCCCCCGAGGGCAAAUGGAGCUGCCCACACUGUGAAAAAGAGGGCAUUCAGUGGGAAGCAAAGGAAGAUAACUCUGAAGGUGAGGAGAUCCUGGAGGAUGUGGUGGGYGAUGCUGAAGAAGAGGAUGACCACCACAUGGAGUUCUGUAGAGUCUGCAAGGAUGGAGGAGAGUUGCUGUGCUGUGAUGCCUGUCCUUCAUCCUACCACAUCCACUGUCUGAACCCGCCGUUGCCAGAGAUUCCCAAUGGGGAGUGGUUGUGUCCACGCUGCACUUGCCCAGCUUUGAAAGGAAAGGUGCAGAAGAUCUUGAUCUGGAAAUGGGGCCAGCCCCCAGUGGGCCCUGCGCCCCCACGUCCCCCUGACGCAGACCCUAACGCUCCUCCCCCUAAGCCUCUCGAGGGUCGCCCCGAGAGGCAGUUCUUUGUCAAGUGGCAAGGCAUGUCCUACUGGCACUGCUCUUGGGUGUCAGAGUUGCAGCUGGAGCUGCACUGCCAGGUCAUGUUUCGAAACUACCAGCGCAAGAACGAUAUGGAUGAACCACCCUCRGGAGACUUUGGUGGGGAGGAGGAGAAAAGCCGAAAGAGAAAAAACAAGGACCCCAAAUAUGCUGAGAUGGAGGAGCGCUUCUAUCGAUACGGCAUCAAGCCCGAGUGGAUGAUGAUCCACAGGAUCCUCAACCACAGUGUGGAUAAGAAGGGGAAUGUCCACUAUUUGAUUAAGUGGAGAGACCUACCCUAUGACCAGGCAUCCUGGGAAAGUGAGGAUGUGGAUAUCCAGGAUUAUGACCUCUACAAACAAGCCUACUGGAAUCACAGGGAGCUGAUGAGAGGUGAAGAGGGCAGACCUGGAAAGAAAUUAAAGAAAGUGAAGAUGCGGAAACUGGAAAGGCCCCCUGAAACUCCUACAGUGGAUCCCACGGUGAAGUAUGACCGGCAACCRGAGUACCUUGAUGUGACGGGAGGAACCUUGCAUCCCUACCAACUGGAAGGACUGAACUGGCUGCGUUUCUCCUGGGCCCAGGGCACAGAUACAAUCUUGGCGGAUGAAAUGGGUUUGGGAAAGACUGUGCAAACAGCUGUAUUCCUAUAUUCCCUGUACAAAGAGGGUCACUCAAAAGGACCCUUCUUGGUGAGUGCCCCCCUCUCCACAAUCAUCAACUGGGAACGAGAAUUUGAGAUGUGGGCCCCAGAUAUGUAUGUUGUGACUUAUGUGGGUGACAAAGACAGCCGGGCCAUCAUCCGUGAGAAUGAAUUCACCUUUGAGGAUAAUGCCAUACGUGGAGGCAAGAAGGCAUCCAGAAUGAAGAAAGAGGCAGCUGUGAAGUUCCAUGUACUUCUUACCUCCUAUGAGCUGAUCACAAUUGAUAUGGCCAUACUGGGUUCUAUAGACUGGGCCUGCCUCAUAGUGGAUGAAGCUCACCGGCUGAAGAACAACCAGUCUAAGUUUUUCCGUGUGUUGAAUGGCUACUCCCUCCAGCAUAAGCUACUGCUUACAGGAACUCCCCUGCAGAACAACCUGGAAGAACUGUUCCACCUGCUGAACUUCCUAACGCCUGAGAGAUUCCAUAACUUGGAGGGCUUCCUAGAAGAGUUUGCAGAUAUUGCCAAGGAGGAUCAGAUAAAGAAGCUGCAUGACAUGCUGGGCCCGCACAUGCUGAGGCGCCUCAAAGCUGAUGUGUUCAAGAACAUGCCAUCUAAGACAGAACUCAUUGUCAGAGUGGAGCUGAGCCCCAUGCAGAAGAAAUACUAUAAAUACAUUUUGACAAGAAACUUUGAGGCACUGAAUGCACGUGGUGGUGGUAACCAAGUCUCCUUGCUCAACGUUGUUAUGGAUCUGAAGAAGUGCUGUAACCACCCCUACCUCUUUCCUGUGGCUGCUAUGGAAGCUCCAAAAAUGCCCAAUGGCAUGUAUGAUGGUAGUGCUCUUAUUCGAGCCUCUGGAAAGCUGUUGCUGCUCCAGAAGAUGUUAAAGAAUCUUAAGGAAGGAGGUCACAGGGUGCUCAUAUUCUCACAGAUGACUAAAAUGUUGGACCUUCUGGAGGACUUUCUGGAACACGAAGGGUACAAAUACGAGCGGAUUGAUGGAGGAAUCACAGGGAACAUGCGCCAGGAGGCUAUUGAUCGCUUCAAUGCUCCUGGUGCUCCGCAGUUCUGCUUUCUGCUUUCAACUCGAGCCGGAGGUCUUGGUAUUAACUUGGCUACAGCAGACACUGUGAUUAUCUACGAUUCAGACUGGAAUCCCCACAAUGACAUUCAGGCCUUCAGUCGUGCACAUAGGAUUGGCCAGAACAAGAAAGUGAUGAUAUACCGCUUCGUGACGAGGGCCUCAGUGGAGGAGCGUAUCACGCAGGUGGCCAAGAAGAAAAUGAUGCUAACGCAUCUGGUAGUGAGGCCAGGGUUGGGCUCCAAGACAGGCUCCAUGUCUAAGCAGGAGCUUGAUGACAUCCUCAAAUUUGGCACUGAGGAGCUCUUCAAGGAUGAGGCUACUGAGGGAGGAGAUAACAAAGAAGGUGAGGACAGCAGCGUCAUCCAUUAUGAUGACAAAGCAAUUGAGCGCCUGCUAGACCGAAACCAGGAUGAAACGGAAGACACAGAACUUCAGGGCAUGAAUGAAUAUCUCAGCUCUUUCAAAGUGGCGCAGUAUGUGGUCCGUGAAGAAGAGAUGGGGGAGGAAGAGGAGGUUGAACGGGAGAUCAUUAAGCAGGAAGAGUCAGUUGACCCUGAUUACUGGGAAAAACUGCUGCGUCACCAUUAUGAGCAGCAACAAGAGGAUCUGGCCAGGAACCUGGGCAAGGGCAAACGUAUCCGCAAGCAGGUUAACUACAACGACGGUUCCCAGGAAGACAGAGACUGGCAGGAUGACCAGUCAGAUAACCAGUCAGAUUACUCAGUUGCUUCUGAAGAAGGAGAUGAGGACUUCGAUGAGAGGUCUGAAGCAGCUCGUCGGCCUAGCCGCAAAGGCCUGAGAAAUGAUAAGGACAAGCCUUUGCCUCCCUUACUUGCUCGCGUGGGAGGGAAUAUUGAGGUCCUGGGUUUCAAUGCACGUCAACGGAAAGCRUUCCUUAAUGCCAUCAUGCGCUAUGGAAUGCCCCCUCAGGAUGCCUUCACCACCCAGUGGCUUGUUCGGGACCUCCGUGGCAAGUCAGAGAAGGAGUUCAAGGCCUACGUGUCGCUCUUCAUGCGCCACCUGUGCGAGCCCGGAGCCGAUGGCGCAGAGACCUUCGCAGACGGAGUGCCCAGGGAAGGCCUCUCCCGACAGCACGUCCUUACCCGCAUCGGGGUCAUGUCGCUUAUACGCAAGAAGGUGCAGGAGUUUGAGCACGUGAAUGGACGCUGGAGCAUGCCGGAACUGGCAGAGAUAGAGGAGAACAAGAAGCUCUCACAGCCAAGCUCACCGUCUCCCAAAACUCCGACCCCUUCAACGCCAGGGGAUACGCAGCCAAAUACUCCUGCUCCYGUCCCCCCAGCUGAAGAGGGAAUAAAGGUAGAAGAAGGAGCCGGCACCAAGGAACAAGGAGAGUCAGCUGAACCGGAGAAGGAGCUCAGUGCCUCUGCCACUGACAUAGAGGUUUCUAUGGAGCAGUGUGCUCAGCCUGUGGAGACACCACCACAGGAAGCAAAAUCUCCAGCAAAUCCUGCAGAGACAGAUGAAAAAAAAGUAGAGGAACCAGAGGUGAAAGAAAGACCAGAUGAGCCAAUGGAAGUGGAGAGCAAAGCUGAUGUGGAGAAGGUAGAAGACAGAACAUCUAUCGAGCCACCCUCUGAACCUCCUAUAAUCACCCUGGAUGAGAAGGAAGAGAAGAAGGAGGAUGAUAAGAGAGAUGUGGUGAUGCUGCAGAAUGGAGAGAUGCUGAAAGAGUCAGUAGAUGAAAGGCACAAGAAGGCAGUAAAGCAGCGCUUCAUGUUCAACAUAGCUGAUGGUGGCUUUACUGAACUGCACUCCCUGUGGCAGAAUGAGGAACGGGCUGCAACUGUUACGAAGAAGACCUACGAAAUCUGGCAUCGGCGUCACGACUACUGGCUCCUUGCUGGAAUUAUCAAUCAUGGCUAUGCCCGUUGGCAAGAUAUUCAGAACGAUCCUCGUUACGCCAUCCUCAACGAACCUUUCAAGGGUGAGAUGAACAGAGGCAACUUCCUGGAAAUUAAGAAUAAGUUCUUGGCAAGGAGGUUUAAGCUCCUGGAGCAGGCGCUGGUCAUCGAGGAGCAGCUGCGACGAGCUGCCUACCUGAACAUGUCCGAAGACCCCUCUCACCCGUCCAUGGCCCUGAACACGCGCUUCGCCGAGGUGGAGUGCCUGGCCGAGAGCCACCAGCACCUCUCCAAGGAGUCCAUGGCCGGCAACAAGCCCGCCAACGCUGUGCUGCACAAAGUUCUGAAGCAGCUGGAGGAGCUUCUGAGCGACAUGAAGGCAGACGUGACUCGCCUGCCUGCCACCAUCGCCCGCAUCCCGCCCGUGGCCGUGCGCCUCCAGAUGUCGGAGCGCAACAUCCUCAGCAGGCUGGCCAACCGCAGCAGCGAGCCCCCGCCGCCGCCGCCGCCCCAGCAGGUGGCCCAGCAGCAGUGAGGCCGGGGCGGAGCUGUUGACCUGUCGGCCGAGCUGAAGCGACCCUCCCCCUGACGCUCUCCCCCUGCCUGACAUUCCUGACCGGGUGCUGAUUCCCUCCGUGGAAGCUGCUGUACAGGUCUCUGGGAGAAGAACCUCCUUCCGCUGCAGCCAGCCGAUGGAGCGAGGAGCGCGCUUGAGAGAGGGGCACGURCGACGGACUCUGUAUAUAGUGACUGGAGGCCACAGCGCCAUGUCUGUUACAGAGAGCCUGGCUGCAUUGCUCGCUGCCUCAGCCUGGAAUUCCUGUUUUUUGUUUCUAAUUUUAUUUUGAGUUUGUUUACCGAGAUGAGUGCACAGGCGAGACCAAGCAAAAGCCAGGACAGAGACAAAGCUACCUCCAUCAAGAUCCUUUUUAAUACAAAAACUGACUGGACUUGUCCACUAAUAAGCAGCUUGAAGACAAAACAACAUCAAAAAAAAAAAAA